CAAAUAGGGCCCGGUAGUCUCACACUCUUCUGCAACGCGUGAUGGUACGUAUCCACGAAAAGGAGAGUGAAACUCGUUCGUCAUGCAAUGGUUACUCUCUCUUUCUCUAGCUUUGAGCCUAUGACCACUAAAAUCCCUGCAAAAUCUACAAAAAUCUCUCAAAAUUUGGCAGCUGAGAGUUACACUGCACUACAGAAGCAUCUCUUUCCAGUUUCCACAUUUCUUGCAGUACGUACUCUGAAUUCUAUUGCGAUUAUGCAAUGGUUUGGCUUGAGACUUUCCAAAGAGAAACAUUUACAUGUUAGUUCAUCUCGUUUUCCGACAAAUCCAUCUGUCUUCUAGAGUGUUUCUCACCUCAUCUCCUUACUCCAAAACCUCUGCUAAAAACCAAAGCAUCUAAUCUCAUUCAGUUGCAGCAUGUGAUUCUCUAAAACUUUUCAAGAACUUCAUCUUUUAGUUAAUAUAUUUGGGUAAGUGGGUAACUGAUUCUGCAAAAACCCCACCGCUGAGUUUGAAGAGAUGGGUUGUGCUGCGUCUAAGAAAGAUGAAGAAUACGACGUGGUGACGCUCUGUAAAGAGAGAAAGCGCUUGGUAAGAUUGGCGGUAGAGCGGAGGUAUGCGCUUGCAGAUGCACAUUUCAAGUAUAAUCACUCGCUGAAUGCAGUAGCGGCCGCCAUAAGGCUGUUUGUAGCUCGGCAUUCCUCUCCAUCUUCUCCCUUUUUUAUCACCUUCCCUUCCUCUGCUUCUGAGAUGACUGAAACCAUUGCGCGUCCCACCUAUCAUUCUGCAGCUUUUUUAGAUUCUUCUAAGGUAGAAAGAGAAAUACAAGAACAAGAAGAAGAAUGGGGAAACCGAGAAGCUAACAAAGAAGAAGAAGAAUGGGGAAACCAAGAAGCUAACAAAGAAGAAGAAGAAUGGGGAAACCAAGAAGCUAAAGAAGAAGAAGAAGAAGAAGGUGAUGAGAACGAGUUUGAGGAUGCAGAAGAAGGAGAAGAGGUCUGUGAGCAUUUCUGUGGUGAGAUGGCUCCGCCAAUGGUAGCUGUACAUAGAAAUUUUGGGUGGGAUUUCUACGAUGCGUAUGAUGGGAUGAGAACACAAGUGGUGAGUGGGUUGAGUCAAAGCUCUGAUGAGGAUCUGAGGGCGCUGAGAGAGGAAGAAGGGAUUCCAGAGUUGGAGGAGGAUGGAGAAAGAGAUAUAAGUGAGAGAAAGGUUGUGGAUGUGAACAAUGGUGAGGUUGGUGUGGUUGAGUCUGUGACAGAAGGGGAUGAUGUUAAUGAGAGCCAAGAGGAGCAUAAUAGUUUUAGAAUGAUUGAUACAGCACCAGAUGGGAGGGAAUUGUUGGAAGCAUUGAAGGAUGUUGAGGACCAUUUUAUUAGGGCUUAUCAUUCUGGUUUCGAUGUUUCUAGGAUGCUGGAGGCCAAUAGAGUUCCAAUGCAAUCUGGUUUGGAGGAAAUUAAAGAGAGCUCAAAUAAGCUCAUUCGGUCAAUUACAUGGAAUCGAUCAACCUCAUCUCAGUCUUCUUCAUGCAAAAGUCUCCUCUCAUGUAGCUCCAAAAGUUCUUCGACGUGGACAGAGUUCAAAAAUGAUUUAUUUGAUGACUAUGGUGGAAUGGAAUCCGGAAGCCAUUCACUGACGCUGGGAAGGUUAUAUGCUUGGGAGAAGAAACUCUAUGAGGAGGUGAAGGCAGGAGAUUUGACCAGGAAACUUUAUGAGCGAAAAUGCUCCCGUUUGAGGAACCUGGAUGCCGGAGGAGAUGGCCUAUACUCUGGGGACAAAACCAGAGCUGAAGUAAAAGACUUACACGCCAGGAUCUUGGUUGCAAUUCGAAGUGCAGAAUCAAUCUCCCAAAGAAUUCAGAAACUGAGAGAUGAAGAGUUGCAACCACAACUUGUAGAGCUGAUACAUAGCCUUAUGCGAAUCUGGAAGAUAGUGGUGGAAUCACAUGAAACCCAAAACCGAAUCAUGUAUGAAGUUAAUUCUUUUAACUGUCCUGCCUAUGGGAAGUUCUGCAAUGACUCUCACCGUCUUGCCACACUUCAGCUUGAAGCAGAAGUUCAAAAUUGGCGUGCUUGCUUCACUGCAUAUGUUUCUUCACAGAAGGCAUACAUUGAAGCACUUCAUGGUUGGCUAUCCAAGUUCAUUGCCCCUGAACUUGAAUUCUACUCCAGAGAUGGGUCUUCAGUCCCGCCGCAUAUUAUCAGUGGGCCGCCGUUACUUGCAAUCUGUCAUGAUUGGUUAGCGUGCCUGGAGAAGUUGCCAGAAAAAUCAGUGACUUCUUCCAUGAAAAGCUUGGGGAAGGAUAUUCGAGCUUUGUGGAUCAAACAAGGAGAGGAGCAGCAACAGAAAAGGAAGGUGGAUGGACUUGCCAAAGAACUUGACAGGAAGGUCCUGGCAUUCCAGAGGGCAGAGAGCAGAAUUCUUGAAUCAAAGCUUCAUGAGCAAGAAUCAGAGGUAAAUGUGCGGAGUCGGAUUGAGUGUUUGACAGAGAGGAAAGCUAUGUUAGAUAUGUUUAGGAAGAGGCUAGACGCUGAGAAAGCAAAGCACCAUACUAGCAUGCAAGAAACACAAUUUACCACUGUAAAUGGAUUUCGGACUGGAUUUUCUUCAGUUUUUGAGUCCUUGGCUGAGUUUUUUAAAGCUUCAGAGAAAAUGUGUGCUGAUCUUUUGACAUUCAGCAAAAAAGCAAAGGUCGUGGAUGAAAAGGUUGGCAACUCAUCAUACAACUAGAAGGAAUGGGCUUUGAACGCUAGAGUUAAAGCUGAUAAUAGGUGAAAAGAAAAGAUGGAAAAGGGUUUGGAGGGAUGUUAAGAUCUUUAAUUAAAUUGUAUAUUUGGUUGAGUUUUACAGCAUUUUCUCCAAAAAUAGUUAUAUAGCAACUUCUCUUAUUCUCUAUA